AUGCCGCCUCGAUCGUCCUUGACAUCGUCCUUCUCAAUCACGGAUGCCAACAAUGAAGUCGUCUGCCCACUACGCAACCAGGAUGGAUCUAGCUGUAGGAAGCGCUGCAUCGGCGAGAAAAGGUAUCGCUCCAUGCAGGAACAUAUCCGUCGGGCGCAUCCAGAGCACUACAUCUCCAAGCUUCCCGCCACCGAGGAAAGCUUCCACCUGAUGAUCAACACACCACCUAGCGAGAGGCCACCGCAGCCGCAGCAGAACUCGGCGCCGCCGAACAGUGCUCCAAAUCACCAGCCAAAGGCCUACGCACCCGACCGCAAUGCAUAUUACCGAGAGGAGUCCAGCAACCCUGGUACGCCUAGACCAUACGAAGACUACCCGGGCGGCCUGCUGCCGGCUGCAACAAAUGCAGCCGCCGCGCUGGCCUCCCUCCACAACUACAAGACGGGGACGGGAUCGGACUGGGACGCUGAAGGCGUGAGUCUUGCAAAGUUUCACUAUGAAAUUGAUCCCAUGAAUCACUUUAGUGACCUCCCAGUGCAGGAGUGGGUGUCGGAUUCUGAGAAAGAUAGAAUGCCGAGAUCCUCCGUCGAGCUCCCUCCCUUACAGCCCAACAACUCUGCUAUCACGAGUGAGCCUUUCUCUGGGCUUAGUUCCAGCCGGCCAAGAGAUCUGCUGUCCUCUAUCAUGGCAACCUCGCCUCCAGGGCGAUCAUCCACACUGCCCCCUUUGCAACGGCCUCUGGGGCCGAACCGAUCCAGGAAACAGUCCGUCACCAAACGAGGCAGAGAGACGCAGCACCGGAAGCAGCGAUCCAGAGACGCGAAAGACUGGGUGAAGCGAGGUAAGAUCGACAUUGCUGGGGACCUUCUGCAACCAACGACACAGGAGCGGCCAAGGCCGUACUCGGCUGAGCCUACGGCACGUUCACCCUGGAUGGACCUCCUUGAGGCUGCCACAUCGGUUGCCGAUGAUCUGAACGAGGAACGGACGCCUAUGCCUCAGUCUCCUGUGUCUAUACAGCGAGCUUCUUUGCCGCCCUUCUCCCAGCAGCAAUUUGGUCACUCAGGCUACCAGGCUUCCCCCUUGCAGCAGGCUUUGACGCCACCAAACUACGCGCAAGAGAUCCCUGGGCCCUUCCCAUCCGUGGAGAGCGGCGAGAGUGCAGAGAGUUUCCACAUGGGUGCUCAUGGAUUGACAGAUUCCUCACCCAGCUACUCCUCACAGAACACCCAAAUCUACUGUGCCGCCUGUCAGAGUGUUUCGCUUCUACGAGACUCAUACGCCUGUACGGAAUGCAUCUGUGGCAUCUGUCAGCAGUGUGUCGAAGUUCUCAUGGCCGAGCAAGGUGCCAGAAGAAAGUGCCCUCGAUGUGCCACGAUCGGUGGUCGGUUCAAGCCUUUCCAGCUGGAUAUUCGCUAG